GAACUUUAUCAACGUCUACAUAUUUUUUAAAAAGGAAACUUUUAUCAAAUCGAAACUGUAUAACUAUUUCUAGUAAAAGAUUAUACGUUGAAUACACAUAUGUGUAUUCACUAUAACGUGUUAAAAAGUACUAUUGAUUAAAUGUCUCGUAUACAUCUCAACUGAUAUCCUACGGUUACAUAUCGAAUUAGAAAUCAAAUCGUUUGUUAAUCAGAAAACAUGUUUCCGGCUUAUGCAUACUUGUCAGCUUAUGACAGACAUAAAAAACUUAUAAAUGAUUAUUUCACGUUGUACGGGGGUUCAAUGUCAUCUUUGAAACGAAACACGUCCCGAGAUAAGACAGACUAUGACGUUAUUAGAGAAAACCACAGGUUUCUGUGGAAUCAGGAUAAUGAUGUACCAGAUUCAUGGGGUGCUCGAUUGGCAAAAAAGUAUUAUGACAAAUUAUUUAAGGAAUAUUGUAUAGCUGAUUUGACAUAUUACAAACAGAACAAGGUUGCCUUAAGAUGGAGAACAGACAAAGAAGUUGUUGUUGGUAAAGGACAAUUCGAGUGUGGUAACAAGAAAUGUAAAGAGAAGGAGGGUCUUAAAUCUUGGGAGGUAAAUUUUGGUUACUUAGAGCAUGGUGAGAAAAAAAAUGCUCUUGUCAAAUUAAGACUAUGCCCUGAAUGUUCAAUAAAAUUAAAUUAUGGAUCACAAAAACGAGAAGCAAAGAAACAUAAGUCGCUAAAAAGAUUAGGAACAAAUAUUGAAAUACAGAAUAAUACAGCUAGUACAUCUGCAGUGCAUAUUAAAACUGAAGAAACUGAAACUACAAAUAGUACAGAAACAUCUGUAGAAGAGACAAGUAAAGAUGAAUCUAAUAUUUGGAAAGAAAAACCAGUUGAGAAUUUGGAAAAAACAAGGGAAGAGGAGUUUGAAGAAUAUUUAGCAGAUCUGCUAAUGUAA